AUGCUUCUGUUCAUUUUCAUGAGCCUUUCUGGGGCUGGAAAGGGAGAAGGCGGCUAUUCUCCUGCCGGCCUUCUUUCUAUUGCUUGGGGCAUGUCAAAACCCACCAUUCGCACGGGAUGUUUAUCAGCAUUGGAAGAUGAUUUUGUCUCUUGGGUUAUUGGCCCAGAGGAAGACACCGUCGAACCUAGCAAAAAGCGCCCGGUUCGGCCAGAAUUUCCCACCGGACAAUCCACACCCAUUGCCUUUGACGAUGUUGAAUUUUCGCCUGCCAGUGCAUUUGUGGGACGUGAUCCAAAACGUAGAGAUGUCAAGGACACUCCAUUGGUUGAGGAGGAAGGUUUUGCAUCUCCAGAAAGUUUGCUGUCUCCGAUUGCAAGGUCUCCGAUUGUGGUCGAAGAAGACGAGUUUGAGUCCCCAGCAUUGACUGCUCGACAAUAUGACACACGCCUCGACUUCAACAGAGUGGACACAGUUGAUGCAGCAACCCAGACUGUAGACAAUGCUCUUUCUGAUGACGGUGCGCUUCAAGUGACCAACACGCACGACCGUCUGCUGGCUGAAAUCGAGGCUGAAACAAUCAGUAUCGCGUCCGAGGAAGUACUUUCUCGGGCUGUUGGUGUUCUCUUCAAGAAGAAGCGAGAUGCUCUCAAUUUUCACGACAAUGAAGAUGACGAUGAGCAAGACGAAGAUGCCAACAAUUUGAGCAAAGUUAUCAGCGUUUCCUUGGGAGCAUCAGCUGAGAUUAUCUCGUCACUGCGACAAAGGAGAGGGAGCCCAAUCAAAAUCCUAAGAAUCAAGGAGACGAGGCAGGGUCCUGGCGAUAAGCAAGGCAGAAAGCUCCGAAGAAAGGUCUGCCUUGUCGAUGCUUUGAUUACCCAGCUGGGGCUUUCGCCCGACGAGACACUGUCGUUGUUGCAAAGUCUUAGAAAGAGACGAGGUCUUCGACUGUUGAGAGAGAGUGAUUGUGGACUCAACACUCCUCAAUGUGCGGCAUUGAUGCUGUACUUACCAGUGACGGCCCGUGGACUAGAAAGGUUGCAGCGUUUCAUGAAAUGGGCACUGCCGGCAAUUGAGCCGUCCUUGUUUCCAUUCGCGUUGAGGAAGAGUAUUCUGGGCUUUGAGUUGGUGUCACUUGAAAUCGGAGGCAGCACCAGAAAUGAGCGUUGCCUCCAUGUUUGGAUAAAGCAGCCGGCAAUUGCCAUUCAACAACUUACUCAAAGCGCUCUGGUCUCUGGCAAAUGGGAAGAUUCGUUGAUGCUUUCCAACCACAAAGACGAGAUUAUUGUGAUUCAAGGAUCUGAUCGAGGAGGAGACAUUACGGCCAAUCUGGUUCGCUUGGCAAAUAGAUCCGGAGGAAACAGCUCACAGCAUUGUCUUCCUCUUGCAUUCUACGAGUUUGGAAAGGAGUCAUAUUUCAACCUCAAGGAGACCAUUUUCAAUCCUCACAAACCAACUCGCGAUUUUCUCCAAACAUUACUCAACAAGGAGUAUCACAUGAUUGCUGUAACAACCCACAACGCUGCCGGUGCUGUUGUUGAUGCCCAGUGCUUUAUGCUUCGAUUUGUUUUCCCUGGCAGCUGUCGCCGUCCGGUUUUGUUGAUUGGUUACGAUGACGGCACUGCAUCUAUUAACACGACGAGAGAAGAGAGAGAGUUGCCACCGACAAUGCCGCUCCUGAAUGCUGAAGAAGAAACGUUGCUGCAAACCCAAGAUCACACUCAGUUGAUGCUUCAAUUGAUCAUCUCGAGCAACGAUAAUCAAGAUAUCGACGAAGAUGAUCUUGAGGUUGUUGGUUACGAAGGCUUUGUCCUUAGAAACUGCUUCGGUCGAGUCCUCUGCACAGAGCAAUUUACAGAGGAUAUUAAAGCUGCAGAGAGCAACACAAUCAGUUUCCGGUGCUUCCAAUGCCGUUGCUUCUCAUUGGAUGACAUCAACUCAACUCUCAUGGGCCAAGGCACUGCCAGCGUCAUGUGCCCAUGCACAAUCUGUGUUGCUCCCAAGAAAGAUUUUGCGUCCUAUCUCACCAAACCAAGCAAUCAGCAACCAGACAAUAGAGAGGGUGAUUUGGCCAAUCCAGAGCUGUACGAAGACUUCAUUGAGGAGGCCAAAGGCAAUGCCGACUGGGUGAGAGGCAACUUGUAUGGACAGGCAAAGACUCUGAAGCUGAAGUAUCACAGUGUCGUGCACAAGCCACUACUCUACACACCUCCAGGCCUGAACACUUGUUCAGGUAUGCAUGUCUCGAGUGGUCUCCUUACUCACUGCCACACCAAAAUGCUCGAAUUCCUUGGCGAACUUGACAGGACGACCAAUUGGCUGCAGCAAAUGAAAACAAAAGUGGCUGAAGCCAAGCAGUUCAUGGACAUGACGGCCAAAGAAGCAAUAGAGAGGCUGCGAAAAGAAGAUGCAAAGCUCGUCCGAGAUAUGAAGACGGCAACGUCCAUGAAUGCCACCAGAAUGGUCGACCAAAUGCAACGUGAACGCGAAACGCUUGGUGCCAAGUUGUCUGCACAAACCAAAGCUCGAGACGCCGCGAAGCUCUUUGUUGAGAAAGGAAAUGAUUUCCUUGCCGGUCUUUCGAAGAAGAAAAAAAGCGGAUCAUCGGCAGUGCAACAUACAGCUUCUGGAAAGCCAUCGAGGUUGACGGACGAGUUUCUUUCCGUGUGGAGAAUAGCGGAUUUGAACUCUCAAACGGUGAUGUUUAGCAAAAUGGGUUCCCUGCGAAAAGAAGAUGCAAAGCUCGUCCGAGAUAUGAAGACGGCAACGUCCAUGAAUGCCACCAGAAUGGUCGACCAAAUGCAACGUGAACGCGAAACGCUUGGUGCCAAGUUGUCUGCACAAACCAAAGCUCGAGACGCCGCGAAGCUCUUUGUUGAGAAAGGAAAUGAUUUCCUUGCCGGUCUUUUGAAGAAGAAAAAAAGCGGAUCAUCGGCAGUGCAACAUACAGCUUCUGGAAAGCCAUCGAGGUUGACGGACGAGUUUCUUUCCGUGUGGAGAAUAGCGGAUUUGAACUCUCAAACGGUGAUGGCAUAA